CCCUGCUUUGAAUCUAAUAUUUGAAUCUAUCCAAAGGUGUUUUUUAUUCGGAUGAAAACUAUUUUAUAUACCCAAUUUAAGUGCUUCAUGAUUUUUGAUCACAUUGCAGUGGAUAUUUUGGAAGGUUAAGUUGUCGCUCUGAAUUCCAGUAACUCUCUUGAAAGUUGAAACUUGAGUCUGCCAAAAUCAGCCAAUCAGCCAUCCAUUCACCAUUCUCAUAGGUAGAUAGAAAACGACCGUUACAAAAUUGUUAUUGCUUAGUAUUCAGAUUUAGUUUUAUUUUACUUUUAUAUUAUAUUCAAUUAGCUAGGGAUGUUAUCUUGUAGUUAACUUGAUUGAGAUUUAUUUUUAAUGUUUUACGUGUGUUAUUACCGCUUGCUAUCUAUGGGCCGAUCUUCCUAGCACGUCAGUGUUUAUUUGUGUUGAAUUUUUGCUAGAUUGUACAAGUAUCAUGCUACGAGGAACUGGAAAGGAAAAUCGCUUUGUAGGGCAAAAUAAUCAGCUUACAGGUAAUGCUAAAACAGCAACAAAUGCAACGCAUAACAUUAACAAACCCGGAUCGGAUUCAAAUGUAACGAAUAAAGUUGUCAGACACUCAAAUUUAGAACCUUUCAAAGUAGGAGCAAAUGCUCAGAGCCAAAUUAGACGUUCGGUAGAAUUGAGUAAAUUGAGUCAGGCUCGAUCUGCAACAGUACCUGAAAAAGUUGAUCAACUUUCAAAUAAAUCCAACAAUGUUAGCAAACCAUUGGUAAAACCGACUUUAUCGUCGCUAUAUCGUCAAAAUAUGAGAGCUGGUAUUUCUACAACAUCGGUAAAGCCAAGUGACAGUCAACUAACACACCAGAGAAAAAAUGUUGCAACAACCCAAAGAAGAAGUGUUGUUCCAGGGGAAUUUUCGAGUAGCUCAAAACCUGCUCCUACGUGCUCUGUAAUCGGCAGUCAAAAUAAGAAGGUUGCAGAGAAACGAACAGAAGUGUCGAAUCAGCAGUCUGCUGCCUCACGACCGCCGCCCGCAGCGAAACCAAGCAGCCAAUCACAGCCAGUGACCACUAUGUCAGACAGGGCUUUGAUGCCUCCCCCACCCCCUCCCUCGUUCACCUCAGCUACCAUUGGCUCGGUUACUACUUCUGAAAGGGGGAAAAAAAAUGAACCGAAAAAGUCUGAGAAUUGUGAUUUGAAAGCAUCUAAUAGUACGUCUCAACAAAAUGAGCCAGAAACUGAAUCAAAGAAAAAAACUCAAGAUAACGAUGGCAUGAGGAGAUGGAACCUUGAAAACUUCGACAUUGGCCGUUUCUUGGGAAAAGGAAAAUUUGGUUGUGUUUAUCUCGCUCGCGAAAAAAACUCUCUGUUCGUAGUAGCUUUAAAAGUCUUGAUAAAAAAACAGGUUCAGAAUGCUGGGGUCGAGCAUCAAUUGAAAAGAGAGAUUGAGAUUCAGACUCAUCUAAGGCAUCCCAAUAUAUUGAAGAUGUAUGGCUACUUUCACGAUGAUACGCGAGUCUAUUUGAUCUUGGAGUACGCUCCCAAAGGUGAACUAUUCAAACUCAUGAAAGCAACUCCAAAUAAUAGAUUUCCUGAAGAAAAAGCAGCAAACAUUGUUCUACAAUUGACAGACGCUCUGCACUACUGUCAUGGCAAAAAUGUGAUACACAGAGACAUUAAGCCUGAAAACCUGCUGCUUGGAUCUAAAGGAGAACUAAAAAUUGCUGACUUCGGCUGGUCUGUUCAUGCGCCUUCAUCGAGGAGAAACACAGUUUGCGGCACUCUGGACUACUUGCCGCCUGAAAUGAUCUCCGGCAAGAAGCACGGCAAAGAGGUGGACAUCUGGAGCCUGGGCGUGCUCUGCUUCGAGCUGCUGACCGGCAAGCCGCCCUUCGAGACCAGCACCUAUGAGGGCACCUAUCGCAGAAUACUUGCUGUGCAGUACACAAUCCCUGACUAUGUGUCAGGCUUGGCUCGUGAUCUCAUCUCCAAGCUGCUUGUGGCUGAACCCAGUGCUCGUCUGCCAUUGGACAAAGUCAAGAAUCAUGAAUGGAUAGUUGAACAUACCGCAACCAAGAUGGAGUGUGACUGAAGUUGCUGUAGGUAUAAGAUUUUAUUUAAAUGAAUUCAAGGAAAAAUUAAAUUCGAGAUUACAAGAAACGGACUGUUUUACUUGUUGAACAUAUUCAAGUUCCUUGUUAAACAUUAUUUGCCCGUUUAUUCUUAGUUGAAGUACUACUUCAUUAUGUAAAUAAUGAUGCCUUUUUACUUCUUCAAUUAUGAUUUUAAAAUUAGACCAACUCAACUUGAGUGAAUUAUGAGUAAAUUAUCUAAAUAAUUAGAAAUUCUCAACAACAGUCAUAAAAUCACUUUGAUUUUAUCAUUCUCAAAAAGUCUAAAUUCUUCUGCAAAAGAAGCGAAACUCAUUCGAAUAAUACGCAAUAAUCCAUCACUUCAUUAGUUUUCUAUUUUCAUCACCAUAAUUUAUCAGUAUCAACUAUUUCAUAUUAUUAUAUCUGCAAUUAUUGUGCAUGGAGUGAAUAGAGAAAAGGCUAGUUAUGUACAUUCCAUAGAAAAACAAAACAUUCAUUCAUUAUUGUCUGAUAGGAACUUUUUAUUAAAAUAUCUUAUAAUACUGCUACUAUUGUUAGUAAUAAAAAUUGAUUUUAUAUAAC